AAUUUGGACUUAUUGGAUGUCAAAGUGCUUAUCCAAAUUACUGGCCGAUUUUCCAACAAAGAUAAAGCUAUCGAAAAAGCUGAUGAAGUCCAUCAACGUAUUAUUGAUGAUGGUGUAUCUUUGAUAAUCGAAGAAAAACUUAAUGGUAAAGAUUCAGUUUAUACUUUAUCAACAGAAAUUCUCACAGAAGAAUCAACUCAAGAGAUAAGUCGAGGUUUAAAAGUAGUUGAAGAAGCUGGUUAUAGAAUCUCAGUGAAAGUCGGUGUGCUAGAAGUUCCAGCAUUGCCGAAAUCCGAAACAGAAGAUAUAUCUAGUUCUGUUACUGAAGAACUUAUGGAUAACAAAUCGAAAUUAAUAGAAUCUGGUCCGAAUGAGAAGGCUAUACAAGUUGCCGU